AUGCAUCUCAAUUUUGCAAAUGUACUAAUACGUAAUUGCAGUGGUGUUAUUAUUUCUGAUACAUUUUUACUCACAGCUGCAAGUUGUUUUGAACAGGUAACACUGUUCAGUCCAUAUUUUAAAAUUAGAGCUGGUAUACAUAAUAUCAAUAGUGAAAAUCAACCAACAGAACAAGUUCGUUCAAUUCUUGAUAUAAUUUUACAUCCAAACUAUGCUAAUGUAGUUUUUCGUAAUGAUCUUGCGAUUGUACGCGUUUUAUAUCCUUUUAACUUGAAUACAUCUAGUGCUUUUCCAAUCAAAUUAUCGAAUUUAACAUCGGUAGAACAUACGAAUUUAACAACAAUCGGUUGGCAUUUAUUCGAUCCAGUCGACACAAUUGUAACGACUACUUUACAGGAAGUAACAAUUCAAGAAAGCGUUGAAUGUACAUCAAAUAUAAUAUCUGAUCCAAGAACACAAUUUUGUGCUAGGGUUCCUUGCUUAGGUGAUACUGGUAAUCCUGUGAUGAUCUAUUCAGGCACGAGUCAACAAUACGAACUUGUUGGUAUCGGAAGUUUUCGUAAUGCAUGCGCAACGGAACGUCUAUUUACGAGAAUCGCACCAUUUAUUGAUUGGAUUUUGGAAAUGUUAGAGAAUCUACCUGCUACUCUAUCACCUAUACCGACAUUUCCACCAUUAUCUUCAACUACAACAUGGCCAGAAAUACUAGGUCCUCCAAUUUCAUUUGUUUGUAAUACAAGUUAUUCAUGUGGAUGUUCGCGAAUACCAGUGAUAUUUCAUGAUGAACCCCCAAUUACACCUAUUCGUCGUUUUAAUCAACAGAGAAUUGUUGGUGGUGAAACAGCACAAGCACAUAGUUGGCCAUGGAUUGUUUCGCUACGUCAAACUUUUUCUGGUCAUUUUUGUGGGGGAUCUCUAAUUAAUGAUGGAUGGGUAUUGACAGCGGCUCAUUGCUUAUCAGAUGUUUCCCCUACGAUUCAUAUUGGUGUCCAUGAUAAAAAUUUACCAGCUUCACAGAUUCGUACGGUUGCCAAAAUGAUUAAACAUCCUAACUAUAUAUCUGCUCCCAAAGUCAUUAAUGAUAUUGCUUUGAUACGUAUUACACCUCCAGUCAAUCUGGCAACAGCAGACGGUUAUGCUGGUCUCAGUUGUUUGCCACCAAAAAAUGCUGGUGUCAAUUAUCCAACAGAAGGUAUACGAUUAGCAGUUAUUGGAUGGGGUAGAGUAGCUUAUGGAGGUGCUCGACCUGAUAAAUUACGCCAAGUUCGUGUUAAUACAUUGGCUGACGAUGAUUGGCGAUGUACUUCUUUAGCAUUCGAUAGUAACGGACAAUUUUGUGCAAUGAUCGACGGUGGUGGAAAAGAUUCAUGUCAAGGUGAUAGUGGUGGCCCUAUUCAUCAAUGGCUUGGCGAUCAUUGGGAACAAGUUGGUAUCGUAAGCUAUGGCCAAGGUUGUGCAUCUGAGUAUCAUCCAAGUGUUUAUACACGUUUGUCAUUUUAUUAUGACUGGAUUCAAUCAACUAUAAAUGAAUUCGAGGAAAAAAUAACAACAACAACAACACCAAAACUAACACCAUCACCACAAACAACGACAAUAACAACAACACCAAAACAAACACCACCACAAACAAUGACCACAACAAGAACAAGAACAACACCAAAACCAAUACCGUCACCACAAACAACGACAAUAACAACAACACCGAAACAAACACCACCACCAACAACAACGAUUGCGACAAGAACAGUGACAUAUCAGCCGGAGACGACUAAUUCAACGACAGCAAGCAUUGGCAAUGUAAUCACAACUGUUCAAAACAACGCAAUUAGUUUCAAGAAAAGAAUACUUGUUUAUUGGAUGCUAUACGGAGGAAUUCGAUUUAUUUUGACUUUCUGA